AACACAUUUCUAAUUGUUGCAAUGUUCCUUGUAUUGACCGGGUGGGGAAGGGAUAAAACAUUCUUAUCUUCGUAUCCAAAAUUCACAUAAAAACUAGGGGGUCGUUUGGAUGGAUCAAAGUGAUGAGGCAAUCUACUCCAAUUCCCUCAAAAUGAGACAAUUGAAGCAAAUUGUUUCGUUUGGCAAUGAAAAAGUAAUAUGAAGCAAUUUGGGCCGGAUCAAUUGCAAUUGAUCCAUUAGGCGUCAAUUCAAAAUACUUGGGUGGUGGGCAGGUAAAGGAAAAUGACGCGUUUUUCAUUCAUUCCUUCCAGUUCUGUCCUUUUUGUCUUUUCCUCCUCUCUCCUCUCUUUCCUCUCUCUCUUCGGCAGAUGGAGAACCUCUCCUCUCUUUCCCCUCUUUCUCUCCGGCAGACGCAUGACCGUCUCUCCUCUCUUUUUUCUCUUUCUCUUUGACAGUUCGACCAACAGGGAAUUGAUCCACCCCCAAACAUCAAGCUCGAGAAUCUCAUUCUCCGUCGAGUUCCUCGACGAGAACAACUUCAUCUUCAUCCGUCCCAACCACCACCAACAACCCUGCCCCAACAAAGAAACAAAAAAUCAGAAGCCUGCCCUCUCGUUGUCUCCGAUUCGAAAUGCCUCGGUCGCCACGGAUCUUCAAUUUGAGUUCCUGUCCAUCAGCGGGCCGACGGCGGGGCAUGCAAAGAUGCUGAAGGCCAACGAGCUCUUCUUCGAAGGGAAGCUACUCCCUUUCUGACAAAUGCAGCAAUUAAAGCGGCUCAACAAAAUCAGCCUCAAAUGCCAAGAGGAUGUCGUUGACGGAGGAGCAUAAAAUCUUCCUGUAACUUGUUUACUGUCUCCGUGAAGAGAAAUCAAAGGGAAUGGACACUUAAAUGUGAUCUAUUAGUGUUCUAAUUGGACACUUCAAUUUAUGAUAAGGAGUUUUUCCAUUGUUGAUUGCCCAUUGUGAUGUUGAGUCUUCAUUUUGUUGGUUUAUAGAUUGCGGGCUUCUAGUUACAAAGAGAGCAAGAGGGGAAGAUGGAGAAAGAGGGGGUAAUAUGGGGACAAAAGGGUAUUUUCAGAAAAUUUAUUAUUCCAAUUGUCUCAUUACAAAUUACAAUCCAAACAAGUCAAUUCUGAACAAAUUUCUCAUAGAAUU